AUGAAAAAGUAUAACUUUCCAACUAUAACACUGUUAAUUGAUUAUCUUAACCAAAGUUUUGAUAUAUUUACUGUAAUUUUGUAUACAUUAGAACACUAGACAUAUUAUGACUAUAUGAGUACGUUCUAUUUAUUAUGAUUGUUUAAAACAAAAUACAAUGUAAGAAUGUUGUGGUGAAUUAAACCCCUCAGGUUUGAAUGAUUAGAUAUUAAAAUUGCAAAUUGAAUUAUUUUAAAAAUUACAUAUCAAAGAGGUAUUAUACAUCAAUAUGGACACAAUGCACUCAAAUAUUGACUUGGCUUUAUUUUCGAUUAAGCAAAAUGAAAGCAUUGAGAACCGAGUUAAUAAAUACUCCACAAAAAUUAUUCUAUCAAAUUUUACAGAAGAAACAAUUACUAGUUAUAAUAAACAUACAUUAAAAAAAAAAACGAAUAUACAAUUUCAGAACACUAAUAAUAAUUUUUGUAAUGUUAUUAGUGCGCCUUCAAUAUGUAAGAACAACACAAUUAAAAGUAAAAGUUAUUUAAAUAAUGAUGAUUGUAGCACAAUUAAUAAAAUUGAUACUUGUAAAAACGUUGUGAUGAAAACAAAUGAUGAAAUUCAUAUUAAAACAGGCAAUAAAAACAUUCAUCUAAAAACAACAAAUAAAAAGCAAAAAAAUAUAUCAUUUUCAAAUGAAAAGCUAUGGGAAAUUAAUAGAGUUAAUCAAAUCUUACAUAAUAAAAUUACUAAUGCAGUGAAACCUACUUAUGCGAGGGUUAACCCUUCUAUAUCAUUAGUUAAAGCCACAUCAACAAUUAAUAGAGAGAGAAAAAAUAAAGACAUUGUUAAGGAGAAUGAAAUUCUUGCCAAGAAGUUGAGGAAUGUAAGAUCAACCAUCUUUAAGUGAAUUGAAGUUUUUAAUCCAAUACCUAUUCUUGAUUUUGUGAACAAGAUUACAUUUUUAUUUUGCUUGCACAAGUUAUAUUUUGUGUGUAUUAA